AUGUUCAAAGGAUGUACAUCACUAACAACAGUUAACUUACAUGAAACAAUCACGGCAAUUUCUAAAUAUGCAUUUGCAAACACUAUGAUAAAAACUAUUGAUCUCAAAAAUGUUGAUACAAUAUCAACAAAAGCAUUUAUGAACAGCAAAAUUGAGACAAUGACAAUCAACAGAUAUACUACGAUCGAUAACACAUCAUUCAUCGGAUGCACUAAUCUGAAGGUGAUUAAACUUACUGCUGGAGCAAAUAUUCCCAACAAAUAUAUCUUUAAUGAUAGUCCAUAUGCUAAAAUUGAGAUUGUGGAUAGCGCUGCCAUUAGUGAUGAUACACUCAUCAAAUUUACAAAUAAUGAUACAACUUAUAAUAUUCCAUCAUCAAUUUAUAAGAUUAACAAUUUUGCAUUCAAGAAUUCCAAAGUUAAAAAGAUAACAUGCGAUCACAAAAUCGAUUUUGAAUGGUGA